ACCGAGCCGGGGCGGAUCGGGCAGGGACUCGGCUGCAUUCCCCGACCGGUUUAUCCCAUCUCCACCUUGCCAUCCGUGUCCCCGAGCAAUCAUACUACAUCCCCCCUCACACCACCAACUCCCAUCACCCACAGCUCCAUGUUACAGGGUGGCUGAGCCUACAUGGAGGGACUUAAAGCUAUUAGCACCAGUGGGUGAAGGGCAUCGAUGAGGAAAUGAAAUUAAAGCGAUCUGCAAUCCCUUUACUACUCAGACUGUACACUUAAUAAUUUAUUUAUUUUUUAAUUAUUAUUUGGCCCGGAUCUUGGUUCUUUUCGAUUAAACACCCACCAAGCCCAAAUGAUUCAGCCAUGCAGAUCUAGAAAUCUCAGUCAUUUAUUCUAUUUAUUCCACUUGCUCUGUCUAUACUCCAGCCAAUUAUUUAUUUCACCGGAUCCUGAAUUUUUCAGAAGUGCAAUAACUGGAGACAUAUAAUAUAUAUAUUUUUUAUAGAUUAUAUUAUUUACAAUAUCCAGGACUCGCCCUGUUUAAAACAAACAAAAAAAAAAACUCAAUCUUCCAAAUCAUUGAGGAUCAACCUAAAUCAGCGUUGAAGAAAGGUCGCCCCUCCAAAGUCACUGUUAAACAAAUGGAUGCAAUCACAAGCAGGAGUUUUAAAAGAAAAUUUGAAGAGGUAGAUGUGAGUUCACCAAUCUCUACACCGAAAGACUCCGAUGAUGAGAUCUCAAAUAGUGACAGUGCUGAGAGUUGUGACAGCAUCAACGCUCCCACUUCCACUGGAUUCAUACCGACAUCCAUCCUAAAACGUCAAAAACAGCUGAGGCAGAAGAAUGUGCGUUUUGACCAAGUUACCGUAUACUACUUCUCCCGCCGGCAGGGCUUCACCAGUGUGCCCAGCCAAGGCGGCAGCUCUCUUGGAAUGGCGCAACACCACAACUCUGUGCGCAAGUAUACACUUUGUGAAUUUGCCCAGGAACAAGAGGUGACCCACCGUGAAAUCCUUCGUGAACACUUAAAGGAGGAGAAACUUCAUACACGCAAGAUGAAGCUGACCAAGAAUGGCACUGUAGAGUCUGAGGAGGCUGAAGGUCUAACCUUGGAGGACGUGUCUGAUGAGGAUAUAGAUGUAGAUAACGUGGAAGUGGAUGACUACUUCUUUCUCCAGCCACUACCUACCAAGAGACGCAGAGCCCUUCUUAGAGCUGCUGGGGUGCAUCGUAUAGAUGCUGAAGAAAAGCAGGAGCUGCGAGCGAUCCGCCUCUCAAGGGAGGAGUGCGGGUGUGACUGCCGCCUCUACUGUGAUCCAGAGGCUUGCCCUUGCAGUCAGGCUGGGAUCAAGUGUCAGGUGGAUCGAAUGUCCUUUCCUUGUGGCUGUUCUCGAGAUGGCUGCAGUAACAUUGCAGGCCGCAUUGAAUUUAACCCAAUUCGGGUACGAACUCAUUAUCUUCACACCAUCAUGAAGCUAGAGCUAGAGAAUAAGAGGCAGCAUCCUCGACCACAACAUCUUGAAGAGGAGCCUCCUCAUGGCUCUCUGGUAGCAACAACUCCCCAAGAGACACAAGAUUUUCAGGAAUUCAUUGCUGAGAACUAUCAUCUUGAAAAUGAGGCUGCAGUUCGACAUCUACAGAGUGCAGAGGAACGCCAGAGGAUGCUUGAUGAGGCAGAUGAAGCCUCUAGUGGCUCUAGCCUCAGUCUGGACUCCAGUGUGGAGAGUCUAGAGGUUUGUCUACUAGAGACACCCAUUACACUACCACCAUCCACCUGCCAUUCCUCUAUUACUCCAAUCCUACUUUCUGCUGGUACCUCAGUUCUUUGCUUCACUGAUGAGGACUCAGGGAGGCCAGCUUCACCACCGGAAUACACUAAUGGCAGUGUGGUGUCCCUGUAUGAUCAUGACCACAACCACACAGGCUUGGAGCCUGGUCCAGUAGUGACAGAAUCUGUCAACUCUGUCACUGCAGAGCAAAGUAUCAUGGUAAAAGUUGAUGAAUGCACGAUAGCCACUUGCUCUGAUGCAGUGGACCUGGUUCCAGAGCUUCCUGGGUCAUUGUCUAAUUUGGCAGAGGGUAGCUCUGCGCCCGUGGUACAUUCAAAUAGGAAACUAGCAACUGUGGGUGAUGAGGGCACACUGGAGGAAAAUUGUGAAAGCCAAACCCCCUGGUCAGAGCAGCAGUUUUCUUCUGCGAAUAGUGCCCUGAGCGUGUGACAAUUUUUGGCAACUAUUUUGCACAAGCCAUUCUAACUCCCCCUCUUUACUUAUUUACUUCUAAAAGUCUCCAUAGUCUUACUUGACCCAACCAUGCAUCUGAUGGUUCUCUUUUUAUUAGUUUGCUAUUUACAAAUGUCAGUUUUUAUUUAUUUGUAUUUUUUUUUUAGACCUCAUCAAAACCCUAGCUGUAUGAGAAAUGUAUAAUUCUAACCCCAUCCCCAGUCAUUAUUUUCGGUUAUCUAUUUCGCAGAACCUUUAGGAUGGGUGUGGGACUUAAAUCCUCAACAUGUCCUAGUCUGUAUGCUUUAUCUGUGAUCGUACCAUCAUCUAGUGGAGACCCAGUGGGGGAGGGAGUAUGGCUUAUUUUAUUGCUGGGUUUUGUUGCAAUAUUUCCCCUCCAGUCCCUCGAAACCCUCACAAUCAUGGAUGUUUAGUAACCUUGCAAUGCUGAUCCUGUUUUUAUUUGUCCUUGACUAUGCGAGAACAAUGGCACUGCAGACGUUGAUCUACCACCCAAAGAAUCUGCUGUUUUACAUGGCAUAAGAAGGGUAUUGCUAUUUGGCACCUUCCCCCCCCCCCCCCUGUGCAUGAGUUCAUAGUGUGAAUUACUAUAUCGUGGACCCAUCACAUUCUAGGUUCUUCACAUGGAUCUUUUCUGUACGAGUGCUGUGAGUAUAUUUGGUUUGUCCGUGUAGACUAAACAGGCAGGGCUGGGUACUAUGGUGCUAAUAAAUUGGAUGGGACUAGAAUUUCAUCUUUAUGGAGCGUUGAGCUGCCUUUAACCAGUGCACAGCACUUUAACUUUAGGACAAGGCUGACACACAGGACUCCUAUAAAGAACGGACUCCCUCCACUAAAGCUGCUAAUCUCAUAACCUGUACAAUACAGAGGAACAAUUGGGUCUGGUGUAGCUAGAUGUGCUCUUUCAUCAAUUAUGAUAAUGGUGACAAUUCAGUGCUUAUUAAUUUCAGAGCUCAAACACCACUUCGUUGAGGUGUAUUUUUAAUUUUUACUUUUCACAUUGAGUUUUCAUUCAUUGCGUUAAGUUGACACCCCAUGAAUAAAAAAAAAUAUUUAUUUGCGGAUACUAAUGGACAAUGAAGGCUAAAAUAUUUUCUCUUUCUUCAAACCAGGUAUGUGAAUGUGUACACACCUUAAAGGAACAGAGAAUUUUGAAAUUGUUUGGAUGCAUGUAUCAAUUUACAUCUCUUUUUGGAUACUGUAUGGUGUUUCAUAAUUAAAUGCCAUGUGGAACCUUUUUACCCUCAAAUUUUCAUAAAUGUAAUUUGCCUGUGUGUACAAUGAUUCAAUCCUGAAUCCAUCCAUGAUAAGAAUUGCAUUGGGUGUACAUCUGUUUGCACAUAAAUGAGCACUCAUCAGAAUGACUGGGAUAUUCCGCUCAGAAAUCUUAAAACAGUGAAGCAAAUCAUGAUUUUAUUUCCACCGUCCCGGAUGUGGAAAAAAAUUCAAAUUUAUCACCGUCCGUAGAAUGACUCAAAGUUCUGUA